CACGAAAUCGAAAAAUGAUUUUUUUAAUUUUCUUUUUGUAAGAAAAAGAAAAUUGAUUUUUUUUAGUAGCUUUUACAUCUCUAUAUAUAUAUAUAGGUGCGGUAGGGCUCUGAUUAAAUUCAAGAGAAGCAAAAAAUAAAAAAGAAUCAAUACACUGAAAAAGAGUGAAAGAAGAAGGAAAAAUAACAAACAAGAAUGAAAGUAGCAGAGGUUUUGCACAUGAAUGGAGGCAUGGGAGAAACAAGCUAUGCAAACAACUCCUUACUUCAGCAACAUGUAAUAUCAUUGACAAAGUCUAUUAGAGAAGAAGCCAUAAUGAGUCUCUAUCGUAGUAAACACCCAAGAAGUUUAGCAAUUGCAGACUUGGGUUGUGCUUCUGGACCAAAUACUUUAUUGGUGGUAUCAGAAUUUAUCAAGGUUGUGGAAAAACUUUGUCGAAAUUUGAAUCACGAAUCUCCUGAAUAUAAGGUCUUCUUGAACGAUUUACCAGGAAAUGACUUCAACAACAUCUUUAGAUCUCUUGACAACUUCAAAGAGAGACUACGUGGUGAAAUUGAAUCUGAAAUAGGUCCAUGUUAUUUCUCUGGAGUUCCUGGUUCUUUCUAUAGUAGGAUUUUUCCCAAUCAAAGUUUGCAUUUCGUCCAUUCCUCUUACGGUCUUCAAUGGCUAUCUAAGGUUCCUGAGAAUGUAAACAACAAUAAGGGUAACAUUUACAUGGCGAGUACAAGUCCCUCAAAUGUCCUCACUGCUUACUAUAAUCAAUUUCAAAAAGAUUUCUCUCUUUUUCUUAAGUGUCGUGCAGAGGAGCUAGUUGAAGGUGGUCGCAUGAUUCUAACGUUUUUAGGAAGAAAAAGUGACAAUAUGUUUAGCAAGGAGUGUUGCUACAUUUGGGAGCUUAUGGCUAUGGCUCUCAAUGAUAUGGUCUUCCAGGGAAUCAUAAAAGAAGAGCAACUGGAUUCUUUUAACCUCCCUCACUAUACUCCAUCUCCAUCAGAAGUGAAAUUAGAAGUUAUGAAAGAAGGAUCAUUUGCUAUCCAUCAAUUGAACGUGUCUGAAGUUAGUUGGAACAGUCUUGAAUGUGAGUCUCAAAUGUCGGAGUCACAUGUUGAUGGUGCAUAUAAUGUCACACAAUUAAUGAGAGCUGUAGCUGAACCUUUACUAGUUAGCCACUUUGGUGAAAAUAUUAUUGAAGAACUUUUCAAUCGCUAUAAAAAAAUUUUAACUGAUCGGAUGUCCAAGGAGAAAACUAAGUUUGUCAACGUUACCAUAUUAUUGACUAGAAAACCAUAAGAAAAAAAAUGUAGUUGAGGUUUAUAAAGGCCAUUUCUCUAAAAAUAUUUUCAAUGUUGUGGCAGUUGUUAGUUUGCGUUGUUUGUCUAGUUAAUAAUUUGCUAGUAAAUGUUUGGUGAUAAAAUAAAAUAUAAUAUGAGUAUUAUAUUUAACUGUAUGCUGUAAUUCAUUGUGAUAUAUUUAUGUCAUAAUUGAAUAAAUUGGAUAUUGAUAUUAUGGUAAAA